AUGUCUGCGAAGUACUAUAACUCGGUUCGAAAAUUGAUGCUAACGAAAUGUCUUAACAGAGAAUUUGAUGAACUUCUAAAACUAGUGAAAGAUACGGAUGUGAGGCACUUUAAUACGCAUUUCCUGCAGAUUUAUUUAUCUCGUGCAGUCCAGGAAGGCCAUACUGAAAGUGCUAAGUAUAUUUUUAACAAAUUUGUGCUACGGCAUAAAUUUAUGAUUGUAAGGCCUAAUGUUCUGUGCCAAUUAGCGAAUUUGGUUUACUACGAUGGUAAAACAUCCUUUUUGGACAGUCUAUGGCGAAGCUAUCUCAUGUAUUUCAGGAAUCUUAGCGGCCCAGAUUGGGAUCGAACUAAGUAUCACUUGUUAAAGCUGCGUAUUGAAAGCUUUGCUAGAUGUGACGUAAGUUUUCAGAAGAAAUGGAUAAAGUUGCUUGAAACUAUGGACGAAGUAAUACCCAAUCAACCAUUGAGUGUGUGGGAUUUUCCAAACAUGACGAGCUCAUUAAAAACUUAUCAUGCAGGUGCACUUCAUAACAUGCUUUUCGACAAGUUCGCAAAUAUAGCUACAAAUGAUCAAGCAAUUGUGCUUCUUCUUGAUAUGAUACUGCUGCAAACGCAUGUGGAUGAGCAGUUUAAACUCCAGUUAUUCCAAAGAUUUGUGCAAGAAGCCCAAUAUGACAAGGAGAAAUCUCUGAACAACUCUAUUACGAUUUUGCUGUACCAGCUGAGCCCUGAGAAGUGCAAGAGGCUUAUCGAAUACCUGGUUUCGAAACAGAUUGCAAUUUCGCCGAAGAAUGGCAGACUUUAUCAAUCCAAGUUUCAGGAUGUAGCAUUGGCAAAUUAG